AUGUCGACCGAAGCGACCGGCGCUGCGGCGCCUGGCCUGGAGUUGGGGACGGAGAUCGAGAUGGAUGAGUCGACAAUCGCCGUCGUGCACCCUGCCCAGCUUCUCGCCGAGAGCUCCAAGUCCAUCGGCUUGCACUCGCCUCCCGACUCGCACAAUGAUAAUGAUCUCAAGCUGGACGGCAGCGAUUCCGAAUUGAGCGACCUCGACGACGCUAUCACCGCCGAUUUCAGAGAGGAGGAAGAGCGACAGCAGAAAGAGCAAGAGCAGCAGCAGCCGCCGCAGGAGGAGGAGGAGGCCGAAGAAGAUGAUAUCGGCGAAGUCUUGCCCGACCAUUGGUCUGGCACAGUGCCUGUCUUCAGACCAACCAUGCACCAGUUCAAGGACUUCAAACGAUUUAUGACGAAGAUAGACUCGUACGGCAUGAGAUCCGGAAUCGUCAAGGUCAUCCCGCCGCAGGAAUGGAAGGACUCUCUGCCAGCCCUGGACGAAUUGGUCAAGCAAGUCAAGGUCAAGGAGCCAAUCAAGCAGGACAUCAUGGGGUCCAAUGGCACAUACCGCCAAGUCAAUAUCCUUCAUCAGCGCUCCUACAAUCUACCUCAGUGGAGGCAGCUUUGCGACCAGAGCGAGCAUCAGCCUCCCGCCAGACGAGGCGAACGGCGCGCAAACGCCGACAAGCCUAAGCCUGCGCCCCGAUCCCGGCCCGCUCCAUCAACUACCUCGAAUUCUCCAGCGACGAAAAAGGGACGAGCACGCAGAGGGCGAGCCACCCGAGGCAAGGCGAAGCAAGAUACUGUCAAGGAAGACACAGCGGAUGCGGAGGAGCGGCCUAUGACGCCAGUAUCCCCAAAACCUGAGGUCGAAAAGGACGGUAACGAGGACAAAGUUGUCGAAUCUGUAGAACAAGAUCCCGGUAUCAAGGAGGAAGAGGAUGAAGAUUGCGACGAACCUCCCACGGUUCGAAGAAUGGGCGGGUUCUCUCGACAAGCAAAGCCAAAAAUGCAGUCCACCUCAGCUCGUCGCAAAUAUAGCAGACGCGAGGGGUCCGCAAAGAUUGACGAGGCCGCUUUCAAGGACUGGGAUUACCGUAUGGAUGUGUCCGAUUACACCCCCGAGCGUUGCGAAGAGCUAGAGAGGAUAUACUGGAAGACUCUGACCUACGCGCCUCCCCUGUACGGUGCUGACCUUAUGGGAACCCUCUUCGAUGAGUCAACCGAGUCUUGGAACCUCAACAAGCUACCCAACCUUCUUGACGUGCUCGGCACCAAAGUACCUGGCGUCAACACUGCGUACCUUUAUCUUGGCAUGUGGAAGGCCACAUUUGCUUGGCAUCUUGAAGAUGUUGAUCUAUAUAGCAUCAACUAUCUUCAUUUCGGUGCCCCGAAACAGUGGUAUAGUAUCUCACAAGGAGACGCUCGACGUUUCGAGGCUGCUAUGAAGAGCAUUUGGCCAACUGACGCAAAGGCUUGUGAUCAAUUCCUUCGCCACAAGGCCUUUUUAAUAUCACCUGCCCACCUACAACAGCACUAUAACAUCAAAGUCAACAAGUGUGUCUCCUAUCCCGGAGAAUUCGUUGUCACUUAUCCGUAUGGAUAUCACUCUGGAUAUAACCUGGGCUACAAUUGUGCCGAAGCGGUGAACUUUGCAUUGGACUCAUGGUUGCCAAUGGGCAAGAUCGCCAAGAAGUGCGAGUGUGCGCAGGCACAGGACAGUGUGUGGGUCGAUGUGUACGAGAUUGAAAGGAAGCUUCGCGGCGAGUCAACAGAAUACGAGGAGACAGAAGAUGAGGACGAGGAGGAGGAUGAAGAAGAUGAAGACGGAACCGGCCUUCCUUCACCUCCUUCAAGCCAUGCCGUACGCAUUAAAGCACCCGGUAAGAAGCGCAAGAGAGUCACGAUCGAUAAAGACGGUAAGGUCAAGACCAAGAAGAUCCGACUCAGACUCAAGGCGCAAGCGGAGCCGAUCUGCUGUCUGUGUCCCAAUGACAUACCUGGCGCCGAGAUCUUGCCAACAGAUGACGGCCGCAAGGCUCAUCGCAUGUGUGCGCUGUAUCUUCCGGAGACAUAUAUCGAAACGGAGGACGGCAAAGAGGUCGUUACAAAUGCUGCCAAUAUCAACAAAGCUCGCCUGGAUCUCAAGUGCUUGUAUUGUCGGUCGAAGAAGGGGGCAUGCUUCCAGUGCUCGCAGAAGAAGUGUGCACGAUCGUAUCACGCAACUUGUGCAGCAGCAGCUGGAGUCUUUAUUGAAGAGGCCGAGGUACCAGUUUUCGGUGAAGAUGGUACUGAGUACAAGGAACAAGCCUUUGAGUUCAGCUGUCGGUUCCACAGAACGAAGCGAGACAAGAGGUUGGACGGUGACACUCUUGAAGAGAAUAGCCGUAUUCAGGAGGCUGCUGCAGUACUUAAGAAGGGCGAGAUCUGUCAAAUGCAGUACUAUAAGGGAGACAUCUUCGCCGGAGUGGUGGUCGAGAACCGUCAUGACGAGCGCACUCUCCUUCUUGACAUUAUUCCUAACGGGGACCGCGUCGAGGUAGACUGGAAGUGGUUGCUUCUCCCCGAGCCUGCAGAUUUCCACCUUCCCAAGGCAUCUGCAAACGCAUUACCCAUGCCCUUAACUAAGAAGGCGAAGGACAAACUCAAUGCCAAGAGACAAGUUGAUGAUGUUCCUCGUGCAGAUGACAUCUUCGUUGAUGGAUUCACCUGGGCAGAGUUCCACACCUGCGGAGCGGAAGAAUGCGAGAACAAGGCGCAAGUCAACGUUAAGAUGUCCAACACAGAUCAAGUGUGGCAUUAUCUGGGCAAAACCUCGACCGAAUCCAAGGCUCAGUACACGGAAGAUCCAAGCAAGCCCCAGCACAACCUCAAGAGCUCGGCCAUCAUAUAG